AUGGCCUGCAUCUCCGUCCUAGCAGCUCCCCUGGGCAACUCCCCCAUGAUUGAGCAAGCUUUGGACUCUCGAGACCGUCCCCCACCUCCUACCUGCAACCACGCUGACCAGUCGACCGUCUCGUCCAUGACCCCAUUCCAGGACAUCCCUCAUCUCGUGCAAGGCGCAACCUACGAUGCCAACCCAGGCGGCUCCGUCUCCUUCACCGAGUCCUUCUCCUUUGCCGUCACGGCCGGCUACACCAUCGGCGGCAGCAUCGGCGCUACUAGUAGCGUCGAAGGCGCCAUCGCCCAAGCAGCCCUUAGCUUCGCCCCCAGCUACUCCUACAGCCAGACCGCCACCAAAGGCACCCCUGGCACGUCCAAUUGCCCCAACAACAGCAGCCCCGGCGUUGUGACCUGGGGUCUGCAGGCCAAGCCGAGGAUGUACGCUCUCAGUGGCACGGUCACCCACUGGGAUCAGGGACCAGCAGGCGGAUGCGUCAAGGCCGGCCCAAAUGCCUUCCAGGCGAAUGUGCCCGCCACCGAGGCUGGCGCGGAUCAGGGCUCCGACGCGAAGAUUGAGUUUAAGUGUUGUGUUGCGGCUGGGGGACCGGUGGUGGGGAGUCCGAAUUGUCCGGCUUCUUGA